AUGGCUCCACGCGAGAAGAGCCAAUUGAAGCGUGCAAGAGACUCUCCGAACUACCAAGACAGCGACCUCGCCAAGAAACCACGACGGUCAGAGAGGUUAUCGCAUAAGCCUGACGCCGACAACGAGAGGCUCAAAACCCCCAUUAUCACGAAUCAGCUCCCUUCUCCUGUCACCCAUCAGGCUACAGGCAGCGAUCGCGAUGGUUACAAGGAACCCACCGCCGAGCCCCCGGAGGGCCGUCCCAGCCAAGUCACCCACCGCACCCCCGAAGAGUCCCACUCACAGCCCCAAGGCUUCUCAUCUCCGCCCCAGGACACCCAGGCCUUCCCGACCUCUCAGUAUGUAGACGCUGACGGCGCUCUCUCUGAUGAGGUGCAAGAUGAGGUGAAGGAGGGAGUCUGGGGUUACCUUUUCCCCCUAGACACGAGAUACGGCGGUCAAUGUAUUGUAUUGAAGAAACGCAGCAUGUGCCCCCAUCCCAAGGACGUUGAAAAUGCCGUGGGUUCAACAAAGGAGGAUGGGACUUGUAAAUGUGCCUUGGAGCAGGAGGAGUCGUAUGAGAAAUCGAAAACAAAAGGUGUGCCAUCAGGUGGAUACCUAAUUGGCCGCCACCCAGAGUGCGAUGUCGUUAUAGACCAUCCCAUAAUCUCAAACCGUCACUGCCUCAUAUUUACGGAAAAUAAAGGCGAGGAUACUGUUGCUGUCAUGGAGGAUUUGUCAAGCAAUGGGACCUUCGUCAAUGAGGCCAUAGUUGGCCGUAACCAGCGGCGCGAACUUCAAGAACAAGACGAGAUUGCCGUCAUGGACAAGGCUCGUUUCAUUUUCCGCUACCCUCGCAGCCGCCAUUCAAGUGCUUUCCUGCAGCAAUAUACUCUACUUGAGCGCUUAGGCAAGGGUCACUUUGCUGAGGUGUUUCUGUGUGUUGAAAAGUCGACGGGCCAGCGAUUUGCUGUCAAGAUAUUUACUAAGCACCCUGGUAUGGAGGAACGGUCCAAGAUGGACGGGUUACAACAGGAGAUAGCAGUCUUGAUGGGUGUUAGCCACCCAAAUGUCCUCUGUUUAAAGGACACCUUCAACGAGAAGAACGCCGUAUAUCUCGUGCUAGAGUUAGCACCUGAAGGCGAACUUUUCAAUUUUAUUGUAAUGAAACAGAAACUUUCCGAAGAUGAGACAAGAAAACUCUUUGUUCAGUUAUUCCAAGGUAUCAAAUAUCUGCAUGAUCGGAACAUUGUUCAUCGUGACAUCAAACCUGAGAACAUUCUUCUUGUAGAUAAAGAUGUUCAUGUUAAGCUCGCAGAUUUUGGCCUUGCCAAGAUUAUUGGUGAGGAGUCAUUUACUACAACAUUAUGCGGCACACCAAGCUAUGUUGCGCCCGAAAUCUUGGCCGAAGGUCGCCAUAGAAAGUAUACCAAGGCUGUUGAUAUUUGGUCCCUUGGAGUUGUGCUCUACAUUUGUCUUUGUGGCUUCCCGCCAUUUUCCGACGAACUUUAUAAUCGCGAUUUUCCUUACACGCUGUCUCAGCAAAUCAAGAGUGGACGAUUUGACUACCCGUCUCCUUACUGGGACUCAGUAGGAGACCCGGCACUUGAUUUAAUUGAUCAUAUGCUUGUGGUUGAACCGGAAAGGCGUUAUACCGUCGACCAAUGUCUACAACAUCCGUGGCUGAGUCAAAAGAUGCCUCUGGUGGCAGAUAGUACUGAUGGGCUUGUAGACGGUAUCGGUGGACUUGACGUGCAUCGCCGGGGAGUAGUUCGUGAACGAACACUUCUUAGUUCCAUAAACUCAGUGCACUUGACUCGCAAAGUGCCCCUCGGCCCCAACUCUAAGCAGCCACUCAAGAUAUACACCAAGAACCCAACCGCGCAAAACAAGCCGGGACCUUCAGAACCCCGACCUGCCGACGAGCGAGCAACUGAAGAAUUCGUGCAGAUGGGUGGCAAAGGCGACCAGGAGCUUUUUGCUGAUGACUCGAACACUUUCUACUCCACCUCCGAGGCCACAGCGGCUAAGGGCACAAAACCCAAGGGCAAAGGGAAGGGAAAGGUGAACGGUCGGUGA